AUGUUUACUUCUGAGAAAUUUGCUCUUCGUAAAGUUGUAGAUGAUAAUCCUUCUCUUGCUCCAUCCGAAACCAGGUCAAACCUCAUCUUUCAGAAACCAUUCCUUAGCAACUUUGAAAAUUUGGGUAAACAUUAUUUCGAUUUCACCUCACCUGGUGUUCAAAAUACUUCAAAGGCUACAGAUUUCCAGUUGAAAGAAGAUGAAAAGGGCUCAGCUUUUUCAUCUCUUGGGAUUGUUAAAGACUAUGCAAGCAGAUCAAGAAAAAUGAAUGUCGAUACGAUGAAUGUUCCAAGCUCUAACAAUGAAGAUCCUGAGACAAAUGACCAAAAACUAUCAACUACUGCAAGAAUUCGAAUGGCUAGCCAACAGUUUAUCGAUUCAUAUUCUUCAAAAGAUGAUGAAACCUCCCAACUAAGCCACCCGUUUGCCGUUUCAUUUUCUGGACUAUCUGAUGAUGAAGCUAAAGACAUCCAACUUCUGCUUACUCUUCUUGCCUCCGCUGAGAAAACCGGUCAAAAACAGUUUAAAUGUGCUAUCAAACUCAUCCAGUUAUGCAGCAACAUGUCGUUGAAUGAAGGAAACCCUGUGGAAAGAUUGGUUUACUACUUUUCUGAAGCUAUUCAUAUGAAAAUAAACCGUGAAAUGGGAAGGUUGGCAUGCAAUGAACGUGAAAGUAUUUUCGAUCUUAGAGAAGCGUUGAUGAACGUGGACACGUGCAUCUCUGAGUUUCACCUGAAAGUUCCUUUAUCACAAGUUUGUCAGUUCAGCUCGAUUCAUACAAUAUUCGAAAACUUGAAUAAAGCUACGAAAAUUCAUGUAAUUGAUCUCGAAAGCUGCAGGACUGGGAUCCAAUAUAUAGGUUUGAUGCAAGCGAUCGCAAGUUGCAGUGAAUGGCAUAUCGAUCUUAUCAAGAUAACCGCUGUAGGUACAAGUUCGGAAUCCAAGAUAAAAGAUACCUGUAAGCGUCUUGCUGACUUUGCGAAGUCGAUGAACAUUCCAUUCAGUUUCAAGAUAAUUAUGAUAGGUGAUGUGCUUGAUUUCAAUGUAGAUCUGAUUGAACGCAAUGAAGGUGAAAAGGUUGCGGUCUAUGCGCCAUUCUUCUUAUCAACCCUAAUUGCGAAACCGAACAGUCUUGAAUAUCUUAUGCGUGUGAUUCGGAAGAUCAAACCUUGUGUAACGGUUAUCACGGAAGUGGAAGCAAACCAUACAUCAUCGGCUUUUGUUGAUCGUUUCACCGAAGCUCUUUUCUUUUAUGGUGCACUCUUUGACAGUAUGUCCGAUUGUUUAGCCGACGACGAUCUGAAUAGAAAGGUUAUGGAGUCUGUAUGCUAUGGUAACUCUAUACGCAAUAUUGUGGCAGCUGAUGGAGAUGAGAGAACAAUCCGACACAUUGGCGUUGAUGUUUGGAGGAAAUUCUUUCAACGAUUUGGGAUGCUGGAAAUUGAAUUGACUGAUGCAACAUUGAAUGAAACCAACUUGGUGAUCGGUAACUUCAAAUGUGGGAAUUCUUGUUCGGUUCUUGUUGAUGGUGGAUGCUUCCUUGUUGAAUGGAAAGGCGUACCCAUCUUCUCUGUUUCUGCUUGGAAGUUUAUAUGA